UAGUUUCACCUGUAAGUCCAUCUGUGAAAUUUCCUUGCUACUAAAUAUUCCACGUUCAACUGUUAGUGGCAUUAUAACAAAGUGGAAGCAACUGGGAACAACAGCAAUUCAGCCAUGAAGUGGUAGGCCACAUAAAAUGACACACUUUGCCUGUUGUUUGAGUAGUGGAGUUAGAUAGCAUGAGUUCUCUAUCACCAACUGCAGAGUCAAUAGCUAAGGACCUCCAAACUUUGUGUGGCCUUCAGAUUAGCACAACAGUGUGUAGAGAGCUUCAUGGAAUAGGUUUCCAUGGCCAAGCAGCUGCAUCCAAGCCUUACAUCACCAAGUGCAAUGCAAAGCAACGGAUGCAGUGGUGUAAAGCAAGCCGCCACUGGACUCUA